AUCCAACCCAUACAGCCCAGUUUCCUUUACCUUCCGCCGGCUUCUACUUCUCCGCCAUAAACAAUUUUAAAGGUUCGAUUCCCCUUAGUCGGAUUCGAUUCUCGAGUUCGUGUUUGUUUUCCCCCAUUUUAAUCGGAUUAGUUUACUGCCGUCCGGUCCAACCUUAUCGUCUCUGAGAUUUCAAAUUCCGCGCCAUUUGUAUAAUCCAAAGGUAACCGUUCCCAGAAAACCCUAAUCCCCCCUGAGCCGGAUUCGGGGUUCCUCAGUUCUUACCCAAUUCUUCGGGGAGGGGUUUAAUUAGAUCCAAUUAUGCCUUCCGGGCAGAAAGCUGGUCCGAAUCCGGCGGCCAUGCUCUCUUCCCUUGUGGCAAAGCGGGAGAAGCUGCAGGAGGAGCUCCGCACCAUCGAGAAACAGGUGUACGAGUACGAAACCAGCUACUUGCAAGAUUCGAGCCAUUUCGGGAAUAUGCUGAAAGGGUUCGAAGGGUUUCUGUCUUCUUCAAAGAAUUCCUCCAACUUAAAGAGAUCUAGGAAACUGCAGGCGGAAGACAGACUCUUCUCGUUAUCUUCAGUUACCUCGCCAGCACUUACUUUAUACGUUUCAGCUUAUGAGGAAGUAAUAGUAGCAACUGAGCUUCUGCCCUGCAAAUGCAAAGUUUGUAAGACUAGUAGUGAUGAUUCGUUUGUUGAUCUGCAGGCUGAAGAACUUGGGAUUGGCCGUGAUGAUGGAAGAAUUGAUCUUGGUUCAAAUCGGGCUAAAGGAGGAAUCUUGCCAGCAAAUGGGCAGGGGAAGCCAAAGAAGGGAAGAACACCAAUGGGAACUAGAGAUGCAAAGAAACUCAGACCAACAAAUGAAGCAGAAUUCGAUGAGGAAGAUGAACCCCUAUGAGCUUCAAAUGAUAAAUUGGAGACUUGUGAUUCAAUCAGCUUGGAUUUGUGUGUGCAAACUAAUUGUAGCACUGUAACUUAUGGAGAGCUAUCUGUUGAAGUGUUGUAAAUCCAGAGGACUUCCAAUCUAGGAAGGACUGAAUUGGCUCUCCAGCACAAUUGCUAGCAAGGCUAGAGGAUCUUUCUCGGGAGGUACCAUAGUGAUUAGCAGUGCGGUAAAAACAUUCGAGAGAAAGAUGAAUCUGAAACCCCAGGGUGUGUGCUAAGUCAGAAUCUGCAACAGAAACAAAGUUUUGAUAUCAGUUUCUGCGUGGCUCAUUGACUCGACAAAUAGGUGUUGGAAUUAUGGCCUUCAUCACUACUUUGGAGUACCAAACUGUUUGCAUAAUCUUAUCAGUUUCCUUGCCCUUGCUCCCGGUGGAUGAUCAGCUGGUAAUUUGGCAGUAUAACAAUCUGACGCCUGCAUAGUCAAGUCCGGAUGUCAGGUUCUGGUUAGGCAUUUUGUUUCUGUUUUUUUUUCAUAGGAUGCCAUACUGCUUCAGAAGAUCAUCGUGGCUGGAACUUACGUUGUGUAUCGUUAUAUGGAUUUAAGCAUCAUGCGAUGUUUCUUCAUAUGCCCCAUGAUAGUGCAGCUUUCGAUGAAUCUGUUGCAGCCAAUUUAUAUACGAGCUUCACCCCGCCAUUACAUGGCUGCAUUUGU